AGUUAGACUCCAGCUGUUAUUCAUCAUACUACUAAACUUCAUUUACUCUUGAUAUACUUUAUCCGACUACUACUAUAUACACCGGGUAUCAUCACUAUCUACUACUAUUAGCACCUUUGAUCGAUAUGGCCACCUUUUCCGUGAGUCCAUAUCCUUUCCAUUGGCCCACUCCUUCUUUCAAGAACUGAUAUUGUGUCUCAUGGCACAGCGUCUGGUUCGUUUCUUGGCCAAGGACGGCCAGACUUAUUAUGGAGACGCCCUAUUGUCAGCAGGCGUGAGCGACAUUGCCCAAGCCACGAGAGCACGGGUUAUCCGGGGCGACAUUUUCGGACAGCACCAAGUCACGGACCAGAUUGCUGAUAUCAAAAUGCUCCUGGCGCCGUUGGCAAGAAAGGACAUUGGGACCGUGCGUUGUCUGGGACUCAAUUAUGAACAACACGCCAUAGAAUCAAACCUACCCUUGCCCAAAUUUCCAGUUCUCUUCUACAAGCCCGUCACCUCUGUUACGGGGCCUACAGAUGACGUCCCAGUAUCCCGCAUGGCCCAGCAGGGUGAGGGUCUAGACUAUGAGUGUGAAUUGGUUGUCGUUAUCGGCAAGGAAGCUAAGAAUGUGCCCGAGAGCCAGGCUCUGGACUAUGUUUUGGGUUAUGCCGUUGGAAACGAUGUCUCUCAUCGUGAAUGGCAGUUGAAGCAUGGUGGAGGGCAAUGGGGGCUGGGCAAGGGCUUCGACGGAUGGGCGCCCUUUGGACCAGGUAUUGUAUCUUCGAAGCUAAUCCCUGAUCCCAACAACUUGCAGAUCUCGACAAAACUGAAUGGCCAGACGGUCCAAUCAUCAUCCACCAAGGAUAUGAUCUUCAAGGUGGCCAAGACAGUGUCGUUCUUAUCUCAGGGUACCACCUUGUUGCCCGGGGAUGUAAUCUUUACAGGAACACCCCAAGGUGUUGGUAUGGGUCGAAAGCCGGCGCUCUGGCUCAAGGAUGGUGAUUUAGUUGAGGUUUCUCUUGAGGGUGUCGGAUCAUGCCUAAAUCGCGUUGUCUUCGACAAGCCCUCUUCUAAGCUCUGAAUCAAUAAUGAAAGGAACAGGUGGCGCGGGGCUUAUCGGGUGUAACAAGGACCGUCAGGAGUCCCUUGAACGAUGUGGCAUCCCGAUCACCAACCAUCACGACUACUAUUUUGUGCAUCUUCAUAUAUAUAGCGCCCUACAACCAAGACACGUUCGCAGUGACUUCACCAUACGUACUUUGUUGGAUUUGUUCUAUUACUCAAGUGGCACAAGCAUGUAAUCAAAGCCAUAUCCUAGUUAACCUGAGCCCCAUAUCCCUUGAUGGUCUCGGCGAAUGCCCAGCUCUGGGCUUCAACUUGCUGGUCCUCCUGGAUCUCAACUCCCUCCUCAGUAAUAACAGCUAAGGAGUACUUGUCCAGACUCCGCGCAUCACGGUACCAGAGAACCUUGA